GUUUGUCAUUGAGCAGCGAGAUGGCGUCAGCGUCAGAACACCAGGGUGCAGCAGAUAGAGAACUGGAUGAAUUAUUGGACAGUGCUCUUGAUGAUUUUGACAAGACCAGUGCACCACCUGCGAACCCUGAAGCCCCCACUGAUGCUGGAGGAAAGAGUGAAGAGAAGCCGCCUCUGCUGGAGGACAGUCAAUUCUUUGAGUCUCUCUUUGAUGGGGAGAUGGCCAAUCAAGCACGGGAAGAGUGGGGAAAAGCUAUGACUGAGCUAGCCCAGGAAGAGCCUGAGCUACUACAGCACUUUCAGAAGCUGUCUGAAGCAGCAGGCAAAGUAGGCACAGAUGUAGCAUCGCAGCAAGAAUUCACCUCCUGUCUUAAAGACACCCUUAGUGGUUUGGCAAAAAAUGCAGACAACCUGCAGAGUGCAGGACUUGCCGGAGAGGAUCUAGUGAAGACCUUGGAGAACCUGGGAUUGAAUGAAAAUGGGGAGGGAAGCAGUGAAGAUGGAAAUAUUCUCCCUAUUAUGCAGUCCAUCAUGCAGAACCUUUUGUCCAAAGAGGUUUUGUACCCUUCUCUUAAAGAAAUAACAGAAAAGUAUCCUGAAUGGCUGGAGAGCAACAGGCAGUCCUUUCCCCCAGACCAAUUCACCCGGUAUGAGCAACAGUACAAGAUAAUGGGAGAGAUAUGCAGCCAGUUUGAGAAAGGAGACCGAGAGAACACAUUUGAAAAUAUUCUGGAACUCAUGCAGAAGCUACAAGACUUGGGUCAACCUCCAAAAGAACUAGCUGGAGAGGCUCCUCCUGGCUUGAACUUUGACCCAGAAUCUCUGAAUCUUCCUGGAGCACAAGGGGUCCCAGGAGCGGAGCAGUGCUCAGUCAUGUGAUCUCAUAUUAAUGUACAUUUGAAAAUGAUGCAAUUUCGAGCCAAUUAUCAGAACCGGAAUUGGACAUAUGCUCCCAUUUUAAAGGAGUUUGCUUUUGUGUCUGCCCUGAUACUGUGAACAUUCACUACAUCAUAUUCAUCCCUAAUCUGUAUAAUGUACUUACUGUAGAGCAGCUCUUAAUGUUUUGAUAUCACAGUGAGCUGACAGCUUGGAAAGAGUUGAAGUCAUUUUAAUUUAGUAAAAGUCGUACACUUUUAUAACAAAGCACAUUUGACAGUUCAUUUGGUGGAUUGUGUUUUGCGAAUAAUUGGAGGCAAAUAAAUGGUGCUCAAAUUGAGUGGAAAAGUUUAGUAUAAUUUUCCCUUUGAGUCUCUGGUAGAAUGGUUAGGGUCUACAAACAUAGAUUCCAUUAGAUUCAAUUUUUAUAAUAUUAUUUUAAUAUAUAACAUAGAAAUGUAUGUGUAGAUCUAUUCUCACUCUAUAGCAUUUCAGUGAUUUGACAACUAAUCGGUGACAUUCUCAAAAUUACUACCUACAGAAAUUUAAAAUCCCAAUAAUGUAUCCUAAAUAUCAUGGUCACUUUUACAUUACAUUUGCGUGUGGAAUGGAAUGGUUCUCUGUCUUUAUGUCUAGUGAAGAGUAGUCAAUUACCCAUGUUGAUUUGAAUCAUUCUGAUGUUAGUGCCUCUUCAAAUGUGAGGUGCUAUUGUCACACUUGGUCCCCAUUAUGCCUUGAUGUUAAGAAUUUUGGUUCAUAGGAGGUGGAGCUCAAAUUCAAACUAUUGCUCUGUACUAACAUUGAAAGAAUGUCACGUUAUAUCCUGGAUACCUCAGAAGUGGACCAAGAUUUGUACAAUUGAAAAUCAAACCGAGAAUGCAAAGGCCUUUUGCUUUUGGGAGGAUGUUCACAUGAUUCUUUUGUGAAAACGGGUUUGAAUGUGUGGAAAUGGUAUCCCUUUGAAGGACCAUGCUAGGAAAUGAUUGGUCAUCAACUUGCCUGCUUAUGUCUAUGGCAGUAUGACAUAGUACUAUAUGGCCAAUACAGAGAUUAUGGUAAGGAUAGACAUAAAGGCAUGUGGAUAGACAGGACAGAAAGAUUUAAGGGUUUCAACACAAGGAUUGCAUAAACACUUGUAACAGUCACCCCACUUGUCCAGUGGCGUAUCCAGCGGAACGGUAUAUGUUUCUGCGCAUUGGUUGCCCGAAGAGAUAAACACUCAGUUUGUCUCAUUAUUGGAUGUCAUAUUUUACAAUAUAAAAAAAAAUUGUAAUUCUGAAAAAUGUAAUAAAUAAAAAGUUAC